AUGGCUGCUGGGCACGCUCUAAUAAAAUCAUCACUCAUACUACAGGUGUUUGUCCUCGGCAGCUUUAUCGUCCUCGCCUACACCUAUCAUCGGCGUUGUAGAGCAAACGGUAUCCGGAGUCCUAAACUAAGAGGACCUCUCCUGACGCUGUAUGCCAGCUCAGCCCUCUUAGCCGUUCGAACCACAUACCGCAUUGUGGAAUAUUUUAGUAUUGCCGAGUUGAAGUACAAUAAGCCGAACUUUAAUCCAAUGUCAAUGUCGCCUAUUGUCCGCUACGAAUGGUACUUUUACGUCUUUGAAGCUGGUGCCAUGAUCUGCAAUUGCGGUCUUUUUAAUAUUUGUCACCCCCGCAGAUACCUGCCAAAGAACAGCAAGAUAUAUCUAGCCAAAGAUGGGAUCACUGAAACGCAGGGUCCUGGUUUCAAAGAUGCAAGGCCGCUUUGGAAAACACUAAUUGACCCUUUCAAUAUUAUCGGAUUAUUCAAAAGCCGGGACCAGGACGACAGAUCCUGGCUGCCAGAUAUCGAAGACAACCUGACUACGAAUGAUAAACUUGCUUAUGAUAAAUCAACUGUCUAA